CGCGCCGGAAAGAAGGGGCACGGCUCCGGGCGGCGGGAGGUUUUGGCGGCAUUGGCGGAGUGAGGCGGGAGACGCAGCAGGACCAGCACCGGUACCGGCACCAACACCAGCAUCAUGACCGUUCGGCUGAGCGAGGGGGCUAUUGCGGCCAUAAUGCAGGGGGAGAACAUCUCCAAGCCCGUGCUGCAAGUCAUCAACACACGGGCCAUUGCUACAGGAAAUGGGCCACCACGGUACAGGGUGCUGAUGAGUGAUGGGGUUAACACACUCUCCUCAUUUAUGUUGGCCACACAGCUGAAUUCUCUGGUAGAAGAGGAAACCUUAGCAGCCCAAUGUAUUUGCCAGGUUAACAGAUUCAUUGUCAACAGCCUGAAAGAUGGAAGGAGAGUGGUUAUACUGAUGGAUUUAAGUGUUCUGAAAACUGCUGAUAAGGUUGGUGGGACCAUUGGCAAUCCAGUGCCAUACAAUGAAGGGCAAGGGCAGCAACGUUCUUCAGCUCCAGCAGCAAACUCAGCACCCAGCAAACCACAGCAACAAAAUGGCAAUUUGUCUGUAGCAGGUCCUCCUGCUCCAAAGUACCAUGGUCCCCCCAGUCAGUUUGGCAAAGCAAGUGCUCCCAGCUCGAUGAAGACUCCGGGGGGAUCCCAGGCCAAAGUGGUGCCCAUUGCCAGCUUGAAUCCAUACCAAUCCAAGUGGACCAUUUGUGCUCGUGUUACCCAAAAAGGCCAGAUCCGCACGUGGAGCAACUCCCGUGGUGAAGGAAAGCUCUUUUCUAUAGAGCUGGUUGAUGAAAGUGGUGAGAUUAGAGCUACUGCAUUCAAUGAGCAAGCAGACAAGUUCUUUCCACUCAUUGAAUUGAACAAGGUUUAUUAUUUUACCAAAGGCAAUUUGAAGACUGCUAACAAGCAAUAUUCAGCUGUUAAGAAUGACUAUGAGAUUACAUUCACUAAUGAGACUUCAGUUGUGCCCUGUGAUGAUGCCCAGCAUCUUCCAUCUGUUCAAUUUGAGUUUGUAUCCAUCUCUGACCUGGAGAACACGCCCAAAGACUCAAUUGUUGAUGUAAUUGGAAUCUGUAAGAGCUAUGAAGAAGUCACGAAAAUUACAGUGAAAGCUAACAAUAGGGAGGUAUCAAAGAGGAACGUGCAUCUGAUGGAUACAUCAGGGAAACUGGUGACAGCUACGCUGUGGGGAAAUGAGGCUGAACAGUUUGAUGGUUCUAGACAACCUGUGGUAGCCAUCAAAGGAGCCCGAGUCUCUGAUUUUGGUGGUAGAAGCCUUUCUGUCCUGUCCUCAAGUACAGUUAUCAUCAACCCUGAUAGCCCAGAGGCUUUUAAGCUCCGAGGAUGGUUUGACUCUGAAGGGCAGCUUCUGGAAUGUGCUUCCAUCUCUGAUGUGAGGGGUGGGUCAGCAUCUGGGGUGAACACCAAUUGGAAAACUUUGUUUGAAGCCAAAGCUGAGAACUUGGGACAGGGAGAUAAGGCAGAUUAUUUCAGUUGUGUGGGCACAGUCGUACAUCUGCGCAAAGAGAACUGUAUGUACCAGGCAUGUCCCUCUCAGGAUUGCAACAAGAAAGUAAUAGACCAGCAGAAUGGGCUGUAUCGUUGUGAGAAGUGUGACCGUGAAUUCCCCAACUUCAAGUACCGCUUGAUGCUGCUGGUGACCAUUGCAGAUUGUCUUGAGUAUCAGUGGGUGACUUGUUUCCAAGAAUCAGCAGAAUUCAUUCUUGGACAAAAUGCAGCUUUCCUGGGAGAACUGAAGGAAAAGAACGAGCAGGCGUUUGAAGAAGUGUUCCAAAAUGCAAAUUUCAACACAUACGAGUUCAGGAUCCGAGUGAAACUGGAGACUUACAAUGAUGAAUCUCGCAUUAAGGCCACAGCACUGGAUGUCAAACCUGUGAACUACAGAGAAUACUGCAAGAGGCUGAUUGCAAACAUCAGGAGGAACGCUCAGCUAGGGUGAGGAGGCUUGUGCUGACUGGCUGAAGCCAAAACUUCCAGGAAAAACUCAAUAGAUGAUACUAUAUUGACUUCUUUUUCCCCACCCGUGUGUGGCAAUUAGUUACACCAUCCAUGGUAAUCCACUGUAGUGGGCUCAGUGACUUAAUGCAUUUCUCUGGAGAUAGACCCCUCAUAGAUAAGAGUGCACUCUAAUGGCUGCAGUGUUGUAGACUGUUGUGAUCUAUAAAGCUGUGACAGCUCUAAAUGGAUGGAUUGCCAGGGUCUUUUAGACAAACCAUUCAGGGUAUUUGAAGCAAAUUUACUUUCUUACUAUAGGCACAGCUGAAUUAUAUAACCCUCGUGUCUUCUUUGCAGAAAGUAGUGACAACCUUGACACUUUGACUUGUUCAGCAGAGGGUAGGAGGAAGAGUGUCAGACAGCUUUCAGAUGUGGACGAAGGAGAACAGGUCUAUUAGCUCAAGUUAGUUCCUUUCCAUAGAAUUCAAAGGCUUUCUCUUUCCACAGGUGCCACACAGUUGUUAAUGCUUGGAAUGGCAAUAUGGUAGAAUUAUUAAUCAAAGACCUAUCUCUUAUAUCUGAAGAAUAUCCUUCCUUCAGGGUUUAAUAGACUGAGUCAGAUGGGUCUGAUAUUAAUCAAAAUUGUCUCUUCUGAGGAAGGCAGAUAAGCAUUGACUCUCCAUCCCCCAGGGAAAUCUAGGCAACUACAAAGCAUUGCUUUAGCUUUCUCUUCAAUUAAUACUAUGGAUUUUUGACUGACUUUAGCUCACAUUUCCUGCUUAUACAUAUUUUGUAUGUUGGUAUGUUCAGUUUCUUUGGUUUUAUUUGUAAUGAUGUUAAUCAGAAACAGGUCUUUAAAUGGGGGAAGCUUUGUUUCAAUAAACACUGUUUAAUUUCUGUGUA